GCAUGCUCCCUUGAACACGACCAGGCAUAUAUACCGAGGCACUUCAGCGGCGCAUCCCAACAUUCGACGAGGAGUUCUGUCCGAGGGGAUCUCGGCUAUAUGGGCAACUUGAAGUCGUCGCUACCGCGGGGGGCUUCCCACAGACCUGGACCAAGGACCAAUGGUCGCAGGGUCUGGCAUUUCGCAGCGCUCUCUCUACUGGCCUUAGCUGCAAUCAAUCUGUACUUUGCUACAGAUUUGCUUGGCUCGCCGAACGAGUGGCAAAACGUCCCGCGAAAUGCUCCGGAAAUCCUUGCGCGCUGCCGGACGCUGCAACUGAAGCCCGGCCCCGAACGCGACUUCUUCUACCGCGCGGAGUCGGACCGAUUCGUCGAGGGCACGAAGCCCGUGCUCCUGCGGAAUGCGACGAUAUGGACGGGGGAGCAGAACGGGACGGAAGUGUUCCGGGGCAACGUGCUAAUGUCCAAAGGCAUGAUCAAAGCCGUCGGACACGUCGGAACUACCUUUUCCAUGCUCCCGCCGGGCGACUACAAGGAUCUCGUGGUUGUCGACCUUGAUGGCGCAUGGCUCACACCGGGCAUCGUCGACUUGCACUCGCACAUCGGCGACGGACCGUCGCCCGUGCUUUCGGGUUCCGAAGACUACGGUUCGCCACACGGCCCCAUCGUGGCCUGGCUCCGCGCGCUCGACGGGUUGAACACGCACGACGACUCCUACCCACUGUCUAUCGCGGGAGGAGUAACCACGGCAUUAGUCCUCCCUGGCUCGGGAAAUGCCAUCGGUGGCCAGGGCUUCCCUAUCAAGCUCCGCAAGACGGCAGAACGCACGCCAACGUCGAUGCUGCUGGAGCCGCCAUAUCAGAUCAACGGAACGCUACCGCCUGGACGCCCCAGAUGGCGACACAUGAAGCACGCAUGCGGAGAGAACCCGAGCUCGCAGUAUCAUCAGACCCGCAUGGAUACAAUCUGGGCUUUCCGUCAGGCAUACGACAAGGCUCGUCAGAUCAAGGAAGCUCAGGACGAUUACUGCCACGCCGCCCUUCGAGGGCAGUGGUCCAGUCUUGCCGGUCGCGCCUUCCCAGACGAGCUGCAGUGGGAAGCAAUGGUCGACAUCCUGCGGGGCAAAGUCAAGGUGCAAGCGCAUUGUUACGAGCCCGUGGACUUGGAUGCCCUUGUCCGCAUAUCUAACGAAUUCAAGUUCCCGAUCGCUGCGGUCCACCAUGCCAGUUCUGCUUGGCUGGUACCCGACCUCCUGAAAGCAUCAUACGAACACCCACCUGCUGUGGCGAUGUUCGCUGCCAAUUCCAGGUACAAACGGGAAGCAUAUCGCCAUUCAGAAUUCGGUCCACGCAUCCUCGCCAAUCAUGGCCUCGAUGUUGUCAUGAAGUCCGACCACUCCGUCAUGAACUCGCGGUAUCUACUCUUCGAAGCCCAACAAGCGUUCUUCUACGGGCUUCCUGAAAACUUGGCCAUCGCCUCCGUUACAAGCACUCCGGCUCGUAUAGCGGGCCUGGAUCACCGUGUCGGUUUCAUCAAGCGAGGAUGGGACGCGGAUGUCGUCGUCUGGGAUUCGCACCCGCUGUCACUUGGCGCGACGCCGAAGCAAGUCUACAUCGACGGCAUUCCACAGCUCGCCGAUCCUCAAGUAGUGCCCAAACCCGACCCUUUCCAAGUCACGCCCGAGGUGCCUAAUUUCGACGAUGACGUGAAGGAAGCGCUCGAAUACGACGGUCUUCCGCCGCUCCGACCGCGACAGUCAAAGCGCGUCAUGUUCAUCAACGUCUCGAACGCAUACACGCGUAGCGGCUCCGCGAUCACCGAGGCGUUCUCAGCUGAUGGUGACGGUCUAGGCGUCGCGUUCGUCGAAAACGGGCGAUUGCUAUGCAUCGGCGCUGGCUGCCCCGCGUUCGCCGAUAUGGGCAAUGUGGAGGUUGUUGACCUUCAGGGUGGCGCUAUCCAGCCAUCGCUCAUCACGUACGGAUCGCCAUUAGGAUUACUCGAGAUGGAAUCCGAGCGCUCAACCGCUGAUGGUGCGGUACUCGACCCCUUGGUCGAGCGUGUGCCAGAUAUAGCGGGAGGCGAUGGAUCCGUCAUAAGGGCGGUGGAUGGUCUGGUGUUCGAUACUCGCGAUCAAUGGCACGCAUACCGAGCGGGCGUAACGGCAGGCAUAGCUUCACCGAUUCACAGGUACUUCGCGAAGGGGUUGGGCACCGCGUUUUCCCUCGGCGCAGGUCACAAGCUCGAGGAAGGCGCUGUGCUUCAGGACAUCGCUGCGUUGCAUGUCGCCAUCAAUAACGGCUACGUUUUCGAAGCCGAUGGGCCAAGCGUCAGCACCCAGAUUGCGACGCUGCGACGUCUGCUUUUCGGACAUGGGGAAGGUGAUCUGGGUGCCCGCUUCCAGGAAGUCUCUGAGGGAAGGAUGACACUCGUCGUCGAUGCCCAGAGCGCGGAUAUCAUUGCUACAUUAUUGCGGCUUAAGGCAGAUGUCGAAAAGCACACGGGCACGAGAAUCAAGAUGACGCUGAGCGGUGCUACUGAGGCUCAUCUCCUCGCUAAGGAGAUUGCUGAAGCGGGCGUCGGCGUCGUGCUCGUCCCUGUCAGGCCGUUCCCCUUCGUGUGGGAAACGAGAAGAGUUCUUCCCGGCCCUCCUUUAACACCAAAAGGCCAAAUAGGGACGCUGCUCGCUAAUGGCGUCAAGGUCGGCAUUGGCAUCAUCGAAAAGUGGGAGGCGCGCAACACACGUUUUGACUUGGCCUGGGCGGCGCUGGAAGCCAACGGUACGAUUUCAAGAGCCCAAGCGUUCGCGUUGGCGUCUUCCGACCUCGAGCAACUGCUCGGGGUGGAUGCACACAAUGCCAUUGCCACCGACCACGUCGCUACCGUUGGGGGCGACUUACUAUCCAUGAACAGUAAGGUUGCUGGCGUGAUAUCGCCUCGCAAGGGCGUUGUGGAUCUGUUUUGAGGCUUGACAGUCGGAAUUUAAUUGAUAAUUUAUCGUGGCAAUGGACAACGGGGAUACAACAUCAAAACAACACAUGACUGAGAGCAACAUUUCAAUACAGUCAAUUGAUACAGCAAUGCCUAUUCAAGAGCACACCGCGUAUAGUGAAGGAAGGCCUCACGCAUCGCUCCGACCAUGAACGAACUCGACACGCCUCCAUGACAUGCGAGCAACGCCUUCGAUGUUGUGAGCGAAUAUC